UGAGUGAGUGGAGUGGAGCCGGGGAGGGGCUCCUUAAAGAAACGCUGCCAUCGCCUGGCAUUGUGGCCGGCCGGGAACUCAAGGGGGGGAAACCAUCGGAGCGCUUCUCUCUGCCCCCCCCACCCCACCCCCCAGCCAAAAAAAACUUGGGGGGGAGCCGUGGGGGGGUCGUGGAAACGUCUUAUAAACCGGAUUGCACUGCAAAAAACAAAAAAAGAACAGAACAGAAAAGAAAAGAAAAAGAUACAAAAUAUUACAAGCCCAAAAAAAAAAAAAAAAAAAAAAGGGCAACAGAUCCCCGGUCUCCAGCACUCGCCCUCCCUCCCUUUGCUCCUCUCCUGCUGGCCAUCUGCCUUGGGCUUUCCUUUGUGUCUGAUCUUUUACUACUGAACCGAGUGCAGGAGGAGGAGGAGGAGGGUGCAACACACACAGGGACUAUGCCCAGCUCGCUUUUUGCAGACAUGGAGAGGAACGGGAGCGGCGGCGGCGGAGGAGGAGGUGGCGGUGGUGGCGGGGGAGAGACCCUGGAUGACCAAAGAGCGCUGCAGAUCGCCCUGGAUCAGCUCUCCCUGCUGGGGCUGGACAACGACGAGGCGGGCUCCCUCUACGACAAUGAGCCUCGGAAAAAGAGCGUGAACAUGACAGAGUGCGUGCCGGUGCCCAGCUCGGAGCAUGUCGCGGAGAUAGUGGGGAGACAAGGUUGUAAAAUCAAAGCUCUGCGGGCGAAGACCAACACCUACAUCAAGACCCCGGUGCGCGGGGAGGAGCCGCUCUUCGUGGUGACGGGCAGGAAGGAAGAUGUGGCCAUGGCCCGGCGGGAGAUCAUCUCGGCCGCCGAGCACUUCUCCAUGAUCCGCGCCUCGCGCAACAAGAACACGGCGCUGAACGGCGCCGUGCCGGGGCCGCCCAACCUGCCGGGCCAGACCACCAUCCAGGUGCGGGUGCCUUACCGGGUGGUGGGGCUGGUGGUGGGGCCCAAGGGGGCCACGAUCAAGCGCAUCCAGCAGCAGACGCACACCUACAUCGUGACCCCGAGCCGCGACAAGGAGCCGGUGUUCGAGGUGACGGGCAUGCCGGAGAACGUGGACCGCGCCCGCGAGGAGAUCGAGGCGCACAUCGCCAUGCGCACGGGCGGCCUCAUCGAGCUCACGGACGACAACGACUUCCACGCCAAUGGCACGGACGUGGGCUUCGAGCUGCACGGCCCCGGCAGCCUGUGGAGCAAGCCCACCCCGCCCAGCGUCCCGCCCACCCCGGGCCGCAAGCCCUUCUGCAGCUACCGCAACGACAGCUCCAGCUCGCUGGGCAGCGCCUCCACCGACUCCUACUUCGGCGGCGGCGGCGGCGGGAGCGCGCGGCUGGCCGACUACAGCCCGCCCAGCCCCGCGCUCAGCUUCACGCACAACGGCAACAACAACAACAACUACGGCUACGGCGGGGGCGGCGCCGACGCGCUCCCGUCCCCUGACGGCUGCGCCGAGCUGCCCUUCGACUCCCCGCCCGGCUUCGACCUGGCGCCCGCGCCGCUGCCGCCGCCGCCGCUGCUGUGGCCGCAGCUGGAGCGCAGCCCCGCCUCGCCCGCCGCCGCCUUCCCGGGCGCCGCGCCCGCCAAUGCCAACCUGGCGCUGCUGGUGAGCGGGCAGAGGCGGGGCGGCGGCGGCCCGCCCCCCGCGCGCCUCUCCCCGCCCCUGCCUGGCAGCGGGGGCGGCGUCGAGCAUCCCCUGGCCCGCCGGGUGCGCAGCGACCCGGGCGGCCGCCUGCUCGGCACCUCCUCCUCCUCCUACCCGCUCUACGCCGCGCACCUGCCCGGCCUGCCCUCCGACUCCUCGGGCUCCUCCUCGUCGUCCUCCAGCUCGUCCUCCAGCUCGUCCUGCUCGUCCUCCGGCCUGCGGAGGAAGGGCAGCCGCGACUGCUCCGUCUGCUUCGAGAGCGAAGUCAUCGCCGCCCUGGUGCCCUGCGGCCACAACCUCUUCUGCAUGGAGUGCGCCAACCGCAUCUGCGAGAAGACGGAGCCGCAGUGCCCCGUGUGCCACAGCGCAGUUACUCAGGCCAUCCGCAUCUUUUCCUAAGGAGCCCGCCCGCUCCUUGCCCCGCCGAGCACCCCCAGGCGCUUUGAAAGCUGCAGUAUCCGCACAUCGGGGGUGGGGAGGGACCUGACUUGGCAGGAUUGAUUUUUGCAUUGAGUGUACUGUAGCCUAGGGUGGGUUGGGGGGUUCUUUGUAACACCUGAUGCAUGCUAUAAAUAAUAACGAACGACUACAUUCUAGUACUAGACUAGUUUUUACACUGUACUUUCAUACAAAGCUUCCAAAACUCCCUUCUUCUUUUUUCUUUUUCUUUUUUUUUUUUUUAAAAAAAAAGAAAAGAAAAAAAAAGAAAUCAGUUUAAAGUAGAAAAUGCUUAUGAUGAUGCCAGUGGUGGUGUGGACUGUUAGUAAAAUGUGCUGGUAGUUCCUAGAAUGCUUUAUUGCAAAAUAAUUCAAUGGAUGGGUGGAUCCUUUUCUGAAUGUUCAUGAAAGGUCAAGAAGUUCCUGUGAAAACCGUGAUACUGCAGCUUUAUCAAAGGAAAAAACGUGAGGAAAAAAAACAAACAAAAUGGAAAAAAAACCGACGAAAAAAAGAAACUGUAACAUAUCUCUUAUAUAUAUUAAAAGCGUUUAAAGGUUUUAAAGAUAAAUUGCAUUAAUACAGAUUGAAGUAUUUUAUUCUUUUUUGACUUGAAAAAUUAUAUUUCAUAUUGCAAAGAUGUUUACAAGUAUUUUAAUUUAAGUUCAGUGAACUUUUUGUAGCUGGGUUAAAUCUUUUUUAUUUUAGUAUGGCCGUAUGGCAAAGAACACUGUAUUAUUUUAAUAUCACACACUUGUGGGCGGAAUUACAAACCAUAAAAUGUGUAAUGCUUUGAACAGUAUUCUGUUGGGAUGGAGAUUUUAUAGGUUCAGAAAAAAAAUCUUUUAAAUCUGCUUCACCCAGCAUAUUUUCUAUUCAGUGAUAUAAAGCAUAUUUUAUUCUAUAUUAUUACAAAAAUGGAAAUGUAUAAACCUAUGUCAAAAGGAACUGUUGAAGCUUUCUAACAUUUGUAUAAAUAGAAUUCAGUGGAAAUUACAAAAAUUCUGUUGCACCACUAUAGUUUUAGUAUUUCUAUUUUAAUACAUUUGUUUACCACUUGUUUAUGUAUAUGUAGGUGACGUUACUUGAGCUUAAAUGUACUUUACUGAGCAAAGUUUAAAAACAAAGUAUAUUUUAUUUUAUGAUAAAGGGCCUUUAACCUCAUGGUCAAAUACUAAUAUUAUAUUUGCUGAGACAAGAUUUGAAAUUGUAUCAAGAGUUUUAUUUUUCUGACAUUUAAAGUUCUACAUAAUAAAGGUAAAACUUAAGUAAUGGUGCUACUUCAUGUUUUUUUAAGUAUUUCUAUAUAAAUAAAAUAUUACAGAAAAAUA